GGCGCCGGGGGCGGCUUCGGUGGAGGCGCCGAUGUGGCCGGAGCGGAGGCGCUGGCGCGGCCCGAGCCCCGGUUAACGCGAAGCGCAGCAGGGAGCCGCCAGAUCUUAAUUUUUAAAGCAAAGUUGAUUAUAGGAGUGACUUGGGAAAAACUGCUCAGUGAGAUGUGUGUCCUGAGAAUACCAGAAAGUUAAAAGUAAGAUUGAUGGAUCAAGUUCUGUAAAAAAGUGUCAAGAAUGAAACGAGGAAGGAAAAUUAACGAGGCUAACAACAGUUCAUCUGAAGAGACAGCUGAGAAAGAAUCCAAGAGACACAAGAUUACAGAUGAGAAGAGUGUAGUUGCACAGAGUCCCGAUUGGGCUAACCUGCUUCAAGACAUUAUCCUGCAGGUAUUUCAGUACCUGCCCCUUCUGGAUCGUGCUCAUGCAUCGCAGGUCUGUCGGAGCUGGAACCAAGUGUUUCAUAUGCCUGAUCUCUGGAGAUGUUUUGAGUUUGAAUUGAAUCAGCCAGCUACGUCUUACUUGAGAGCUACCCAUCCUGAACUAAUCAAGCAAAUAAUUAAAAGGCAUUCCAAUCAUCUUCAGUAUGUAAGCUUCAAGGUGGACAGUAGCAAGGAAUCUGCAGAAGCAGCUUGUGAUAUUUUAUCACAGCUUGUGAAUUGCUCUUUGAAAACACUUGGGUUAAUUUCAACUGCCCGGCCAAGCUUCAUGGAUUUACCAAAGUCUCACUUUAUUUCUGCACUGACAGUGGUGUUUGUAAACUCCAAAUCCCUCUCUUCACUUAAGAUUGAUGAUACACCAGUAGAUGAUCCGUCUCUCAAAGUAUUAGUGGCUAACAACAGUGAUACCCUCAAACUGUUAAAAAUGAGCAGUUGCCCUCAUGUUUCUCCAGCUGGUAUCCUUUGCGUGGCUGACCAGUGUCAUGGUUUACGUGAGUUGGCGCUGAACUACCAUCUGCUGAGCGAUGAGCUUCUGCUUGCUUUGUCUUCUGAAAAACACGUCAGAUUAGAACAUUUGCGUAUUGAUGUUGUCAGUGAAAAUCCUGGACAGACUCAGUUCCACACAAUUCAAAAAAGCAGCUGGGACGCUUUCAUCAAGCACUCUCCUAAAGUAAACUUAGUAAUGUACUUUUUCUUGUACGAGGAAGAGUUUGACCCAUUCUUUCGCUAUGAAAUACCUGUCACUCACCUUUACUUUGGAAGAUCGGUAAGCAAAGAUGUACUUGGCCGUGUUGGGAUGACGUGUCCUCGGUUAGUUGAACUGGUUGUAUGCGCUAAUGGAUUACGGCCACUGGAUGAGGAGCUGAUUCGUAUUGCAGAACGUUGCAAGUAUCUGUCAGCCGUUGGCCUAGGAGAGUGUGAAGUCUCUUGCAGUGCCUUUGUUGAGUUUGUCAAGAUGUGUGGUGGUCGUCUCUCCCAGCUUUCUAUUAUGGAGGAAGUUCUGAUUCCUGACCAGAAAUACAGCCUAGAGCAGAUUCACUGGGAAGUUUCAAAGCAUCUCGGUAGAGUAUGGUUCCCAGACAUGAUGCCCACAUGGUAAAUUCCUUUAAAAAUUUCAGAGCAGACGGAAAUAGCACCUUAAACCCAAGCUUACAGUAUUGCAAUUUAUUAUAUAAGCGUAUUUAAUACUAUAGUUUUUAUUGUAAGUCACUGCAUUGUUUCAUAGAAAACUAAUUUCUCAUUUAAAUAUUACUUCUAAAGCCCAGAUUUAAAAAUAGAACUUGUGAAUAGCUCCAAAACAUUUUUUUUAUCCAGACAAAAUGUUUUCUGUUUAGAUUUGCUUUUCUCAUUGACAGUGACCACAAGUUUGUAUAGAAAUAAAAAACUAAUUACAAUAUUGAAAUGCACCUGCAAGAUAUCAGUUGUCCAUAUGCUGUCCUCCUUUGAUUUAGAUUCUAAUACUGAACACAAAUUGGAUUUGAUCUUAAAAAUAGAUGAAAUUGUAUGGUUCUGUUGUAGACAAUAGCAUUUCUAAAUGCAGUUACCUAGCUGACAGGAUCAAGAUUAUACGGCAUAUUUAGUAUGCUGUGAAAAUGCACCUUCUCUUAUAUAAAAAUCAAAAGAGGCAAGAGUAAUACACAGUAAUACAGUUUAGAUAAUUAAAAUAUUAAAUUUGCUACCUUUAUUCAACAAAUUAUUAAAUCCAUCUAAAAAUGUAUUUAGAGUGCAAACAAAUAGUAAUGGGAGUUAAUAACAAUUUUGUUUUUUCUUCUAUGCAUUUUAAUAUAGUUUGCUUAUGGGGUCUCAGAUCCUUGCCUAAACCUGUUUUAAGGUAUUAUGUUUAGCUCAGGAAGCGAAAGCAUUCUGGGGAAAAAAUGUAGAUACAUUGUAUUUUAAAACAUAUUGGAGUUAAUGAGCUUUUCUUGCACAUUAACCAGUUUUGUAGCAUAAGGUUAGUCAGAACAGUGCAUGAUUUAUUAGAUGACCACUGCGAUGUUAAACGUGACAAACCUGGAUGUUCGGAGUGUAGUGAGAGAAUAGGAAGUUAAAAUUUGAAUGAUGACCAAGAUCCUUUUAACAAAAUCUUAGACCUGUUCAUUGCUUAAAACUUAAGAAAAGGCUUUGUAACAGUUGCUUAAGCUGUAUAAACUACUUGUAUACUGUAAAUCUGUUUCAGAAAUGUUUAUGUAUAAAGUGAAUGUUUGAUAGAUGAUCAUUUUGUAUACUGUUUAAUUAAGCUAGUUCAAACAUUUCAUAAUAUUUAAAAACCUAAAAGCAGUAAACUUGCGUGAAUUAAGCAAUCAGUAAAGUAGAGCAAUAUGCAAAAUUUUUUUUGAAUAUCGGCAAGUCCAUUUAUUAAAGGAAGUGUUGCCUACACCAGUUACAGACUAAUGUAUUGCCUGUGAUCGGGAUGUGGCUUGUGACUUUAUUUCUUAACACCAAUGGUUACUUUAUUAUUAUUACACUUUCUCUUUUGCAUUAUUGAUUGGUAACACUAAAAUAUUAAUGUGGCUGCUGAAUGUGUUUGAAAGAUGUGAUCAGCCAUCAGCAAGGCAAAGCCUCCCCAGUUCUGGGCUGUAUUGAACUGUGCUGCUGGCUGCUUUUCACUUGAGCUGUGCAGCUAGUCCUGGUAAUAAGUAGGCUUUCUUUACUUCUGAUUUUAGUAGAUGUUUAUCUGAAUGUAUAGGCCAAUUGUAAUACACUUAUGAGCAUAUUUAAGUUCAUAACUAUAUUUUGAGCAAGCGUUGCUCAGUGGACUGGAUAUCUUUACAGAGGAAUUGUAUGUUUCUGUAGAGUCUUGUGAUUUAAAAAUCUCAUUUUAUUAAAUGUGUUUUUGUAUUAGAAUUUGUUAAAUUAAUGUAAUACUAUAAUUUGCUUUUAUUUGUAUAAAAGGUAACAGUAUAUUUAGACUGUAAAAGUAAAAAAAAGAGGAAAAAAUUUGUGUAUUUUUGACUUUUGGAAUUGCCAGUGUCUGAGUGAUAAAAAUGGAAUUAACACUAAUAAUCAGGGGAAGAGGGAAUGUUUUCACUGGAUUAAUCGUUUGGAGUAAUUCUCUCUGGUAAUGCAGCUAAAAUCUCAUGGGACCUGGAUUGCUGGUGUCUGGAUGGUGGCCAGGUGAGCAGUACUUGGUCUGCGGCUUACUCCUGCGCGAGUGGGAGUAAAGGGAAGGCAAGGCAGCCGCCUUCCCUCAGUUGUUGAUGCGUCGCCUCAGGAAUUACCAGGCCUGUCUCUGAGGUUCAGCCUUCUGCUCCUCAUGGAUCACGAGGUGGGGACCAUGUCAGUAGUUGAAGGCGUUAGGCUUAUCUGUGCCAGAAAUGAGCAGGGAGUUACCGGAGCAGGGUAACUGGCUGGCCUUUUUCUGAGAGGGACUCUGGCAGUUUUGUUGCAUAAACUUUAAAAAACAAAAAAAACACAAAGUACAAAACCCCCUGCCUAUGUUGUGUGCGCCCCAGAAAGCUGGAGUUAUCCGUGUCCUUAUGUGUUGGUGUAAAUGCUGCACAGUAUUGCAUCACUACCAGAAUGGAAACAGUGUCACUAAAGGAAAGAACAACACACGCAGUCUUGAAAGAAGCUGUUUGCUCCAGUGAAGGGCUGCAGUUCUUACACAUCAGACCAGUUGUGCUGUUCUUGGUUCAAAUAAUCCAAGUAUAAAACAUACUUUCUAGGCAAGCCUGCAUUCUAAUUGCCUAACCUCAGUCUAAGCGCUAGAGAAACUGUUUCUAGUACAAUGACUAGUCAGUUCGCGUGUCACCUCUGCCACCGUUGUGAGCUUUCUGUUCAGAUCCUUAAGUCUCUGGAGCCAAGUAGUUAAAGCGAGGGGCUAGAAGUAAUACGUACCUCCAAAACCUGGUGAGGAACACAAACUUAUAUACGCAAAUGGCAGCAAGAAGGAAUCAAGUUCUGUGUUAUUUUAUUGCUGAAUAUACUGACAGAUUUUGUGUUAGGCUGUUGCUGUAGAAGUGAUGUUUCUUUCUGCUUCUGAUCCCUGACAAGUAACUGGUUACCUUUGUCUUUUUUUGUUGCCAGAAAUAUAUUGUUCUCUAACUUCUAGCUAAAACAUGUUAGGCUGUACUGGUUUCUCUUCAAAGUGACACCCCCCCCCCGCCUUUGUAGCAUCUGCAGUAUUAGUGUUAAAUCAAAAUAUGCUAAAUUAAGUAGGAAAAGUGAGACAAGCUGUUGCAUUAUACAGACACAAAAACCUAGGAUGAUACUAACUGGUACUGAGAGUGCUGUGAAGUUAUUUAUGUUCAAGCUCAGCUAUGAAAAGUGAUUAUUUAUUUCAUACAGACAUAUAUUACUUUGAUCAUGUUCUUUAACCAUUGUGAAGGUUUUACCUCUGUAAUCACAUAUAAAGGAUAGCGUAAAGCUGCAUUAAAGUUGUAUAAUCACUCUAGA